AUGGAAGAAGACCUACUCAGAAGAUGGGAGGAAGUUGCCAGGAAUCUAGAGGAUUGGCGACUUCUUUGUGGAAGCUACGGGGAAGGCCCCGUAGUUCCCGGCGAUAGAGGUGACCUCCACGGCCUGCUACCCGAGCUCAAUGGCGUUGAGCUGGCUAUGAGCUUGAGCCCAAAGCAUCUACAAGGUCCACAGGUUCUCAGUCACUUGCAACAGCUCCACCACUCGACUCCUUUCAGCGUUACGGACAUUCUAAGCCCCAUAGAAGAAUCAUAUCGAAAACUGGAAUUGUCUACAAAUCCUCCUUCACCCUAUAGAUCAACUUCAAGCGGUAGCAGUAUAAACUCUCCUGGGAUUAGUGGUUCCGGUGGUAACGGCUGCAGUAUGAACGGCAGUUAUCCAGUAAUGGGCCAAUUCGGCGGAGGCCAGUACUGUCCUGUCUCCGAAAACUUAGGUCUUACUCCCCAUUAUUCUUCUGGAUGGUACCAAACCUCAGCGGCAGACCCUAGAUUUGCAAGUAUGUGA